UUUCUCUUGUUUUGUCUACUCAACUAGCCUUCACUCUCAUCACUUCCGUGAUUAUCGUCAAGCAGAAAAUCAUGUUUGCAAAUUUGAACUGCGUGAUUCUACUUACGGUUAGUUCAGUCCUCUUAGCCUUAGGUUCAAGCCACGACAAGCCACGUGGCUUGACAAAGGGAAAAUACUUCAUAGGAUUUUUCUCAACUGUGGGUGCGGGAUUGUUAUUCGCUCUUUAUCUCCCAAUCAUGGAGAAGAUAUACCGAAAAGUUUACUGCUACGCCAUGGUUGUAGAAAUGCAGCUGUUGUGCUUCAUGGGUACUGCCGGAAUGGUGUUCUUAACGACGUCGUUGACCGGAGGUGUGUGCAUGACGGCGUUAAUGGGGAUAAAUGUGUUGGGAGGGGUGUUAGUUUACGGUGAUCAUUUUGGUGGAUUCAAAGCAGUUUCCACUUUACUCUGCCUCUGGGGAUUUUGUUCUUAUAUUUACGGCAUUUAUAUCAAAACGAAAGAGGAAGAAAACAAGAUUGACAAUUCAAAUUCCAGAGAGAAGAUGAGUAGUAGUGAUUACGCAUAACGCCUGAGGCUCAUGUUGAUCUAUCUCUAUUGUUUUGUUUUUUGGUUUAUUCGUUUUAGGGUACGGUGUGGAUCAGCUGGUUUAUCAAUGUACUCGUAAUAUUAGUUGGGGCAUCAGUGACCAAGUUUUUGUACUCAUGUUAAUUAAUGGAAAAGU